AUGGUGACCGGGAGCGUGAAGGUUUACGUGGCCUGCACGUCGGUGCUGUACCUCAAGUUCCUGACCGCGACGAUGAUCCAAGGCGCCAAGAAGUUCGUCACCGGUGGACGCCCACCAGAGGAUACGAAGCUCGCCGCAGCCAAACGCAAGCAGACUUUCGGCAUGGACAAGACCAGCGACACCAACACGCUGGAGGCUGCGCAGCGUUGGGGGGGCAUCGUCAUGAACGACCUCGAGUCCAUUCCGUUCGCGCUCCUCAUCUUCGGUGCCGGCAUCAUGGCCGGAGCUGACCCCGGCGUGCACUACCGCGCGAUGAUCGCGUACACGGCGUCGCGCUGCCUGCACACGUGCGCGUACGCGACUGGCAUGCAGCCGAUGCGUUCGCUGACCUACGGCGUGGGUGUGGUGGCUACGCUGGUUGGCUUGGGCAACGUCGUCAACGCCAUCCUAUAA